AUGGAGGAAAAAUCUCACCAUGUCGACUCAGGUAGGGCUGUAUAUGUCUCGCCCGCUCCUUCACUGAAGACAAAUACUGCAGGCUCUAGAGCGGCUCAUGCAAAGGAUGCAACGGAAACAACCGUGGUUACAAGCAGGACUGAACACCUAACAAGGCUCGGACUGCUAAGUACUAUGGUUUCACUCACCCUUGUCGGGUUUUUGAUACUUUUAGAUGCUUCGAUUGUGUCUACGGCGAUUCCGAGAAUCACAACCACCUUUCACUCCCUAAAUGACGUGGGCUGGUAUGGAACCGCAUACCUUCUGUCCAACUGUGCUCUUCAACCUCUAACAGGGAAGAUGUACACUUACUAUAACAAUAAGUGGACAUUCCUUUCCUUCUUCGCCAUUUUCGAGUUCGGCUCUGUCCUUUGUGGUGCAGCCACAUCUUCCAACAUGCUCAUUGUCGGACGGGCAUUUGCUGGAAUGGGUGGGUCUGGCCUCCUAAAUGGAGCAUACACAAUCAUUCAUGCGAGUGUCCCACCAGAAAGGAAAGCUGCUCUCACUGGAGUACUUAUGAGCAUUUCCCAGCUUGGAUUAUUAUGUGGUCCUCUUAUUGGAGGGGCAUUGACUCAACAUGCAUCUUGGAGGUGGUGCUUCUACAUCAACCUUCCCUGUGCCGCUAUAGUAGGGCCCCUUCUGAUCUUGACACCACUUCCAGGUCAUGACGGUAAAAAUUAUGAAGGGCCGACGCUAGUUUCCUCUCUCAAAAGGCUGGACCUACUUGGCUUCGCCAUGUUUGCUGGAGCCGCUAUCCAAGUUCUCCUGGCUUUGAAUUGGGGUGGUAGCUCUUAUGCCUGGAAUAGUUCCAUAAUCAUUGGACUCUUCUGUGGCUCUGGUGCCUUGCUGAUUGUCUUUGUAGCAUGGGAGUACUACAUGGGAGAAGGUGCUAUGAUACCCUUCUCCAUCCUUAGCCGGCGGAUUGUCUGGGCCAGCUGCAUGAAUUAUGGAUUAUUCGCCGGUUGUUCGUUGAAUUCUACAUAUUACCUGCCCUUGUAUUUUCAGGCUGUCCGAGAUGCCACUCCGACCAUGAGUGGAGUGGAUCUCCUUCCUUCCAUUUUGGGGACUAUGAUUUUCGCCAUGAUCACUGGAGUACUCGUGGGCCGAGUAGGAUACUAUCUGCCGUUCGCGGUAGCCGGCGGAGCCCUCACAAUGCUUGGAACAGGGCUUCUAAUCACACUCGCUCCCACCACUUCCACAGGUCAAUGGAUAGGAUUUCAGAUCUUGCAAGGUGUCGGUCGCGGCCUUGGGCUUCAAAUUCCUCUCCUCGCAGUACAAAAUAAUACGCCAAAGGAAAAGAUUUCCAUUGUGACCUCGCUUAUUGUUUUCGGGCAGAACUUCGGUGGUGCCAUUUUUUUGUCUCUCGCUGAGGUCAUCUUCAAUGCAAGCUUGAAAUCAGAGCUGAAGACUCUUUCUCCACAGACUAGCUCGGAGACUAUUACCGCGGCCGGCGCUGCAGGGCUUCGGAACGUAGUAUCGGCCAAAGCUUUACCAAGUGUAUUGCUGGCCUAUAACCAAGCCAUUGUCCAUGUUAUGUACCUUGCGGUUGCUGGAGCUGGGGGUGCCUUUCUGUUUGCAUUUGGGAUGGGAUGGACAAGUAUAAAGAAGAAAAAGGAUACAGGCACUGAAGAGAAGGGAAUCUGA